AUGAUCAAUAAACAAACAAGCGAAGAUCGAGGAAAAAUUGAUUUAGUUACACUAGAAAAAAAGCUAAGUUCGAUCAAUACCACCCAGAAAACAUCUCAUACAUCAGAAUCAGACGACGCUGAUAAAAAAUGCAACUUUCUGGAAACGAUGACCAGGACUGUACGGAUUUUAUGCCAACCGCCAUUGGUUCCGUUUACUAUACAAGGUGGAUCUUCAGAAGGUCGUCUGAUACUAGUGGAAUUAGUGCUUUAUCCGGAUCUGUUGAAUGUUUUAGCAAUUAAUGAUAUCAUUUUAUCUAUCAAUGGAAGGAAAGUAUCGGGAAUGUUAUUACGAGAUGUACGAAAGUUGCUGGAAGGUUUAUUUGCCAUAAAUGAAUCAUUUUACAUGGAGAUUGUAAGUGAAAAUUCAAUUCCAUCCAGUAUAGCAGAAAUUCUAGCUAGCGAAGACUAUUCGGAACUGCAAAUUGUCAUCCGAAAUAACGUUUAUCAGAAAACAGUGCCAUAUACCACAAGGCAACCACGAAAUGGUGAAAUUGAUGGUGUACAUUACAAAUUUGUCGAUGUUGCAACUUUUCGGCAGUUACGUGAUAGCAAUCAGUUAUUGGAGCAUGGUCGUUAUCAAGGACAUUAUUACGGAACACCAAAACCAUUAGAGGAUGAUGAAAUGGUAAGCGAUGCAAAGGGACCGUUACCUCCCAACUGGGAGAUUGCAUACUCUGAUCAAGGCGAAAAAUACUUUGUUGAUCACAACACUGGCACAACACAGUGGGAAGAUCCGAGGGAUUUACCCGAUGGUUGGGAAAAAGUGAAUGAUGGCAUUUAUGGGACAUUUUAUGUUGAUCACGUGAACAAGCGUACUCAAUACGAACGUCCAUCCAGUUCAUCAUUACAAAAGGUGACAGAUGUGGUACCUCCAUCACAUUCCUAUGCAUAUGUUAAUAAUCAUGAUGCAAGUAGUAGUAGUACAAAAACUCUUCUAACUAAUGAUGGUACAGGAUCCAGGCGACAUUCAAUUCUUUACAGCAAUCAUUCAUCACCAUCUCAUACUGCUGGAUCUGUUUAUAGUUUCACAAGGGAUCCAUCUCAACUUCGUGGUGAACUUAUAACAACACGUAUUGUUAAAGGACCGAAAGGACUUGGCUUUACAUUAAUCGGUAAUGACGGUAGUUCAUUGCAGGAUGAAUUUUUGCAGAUCAAAAAUGUUAUUCCUGGUGGACCGGCUCAUCGAGACGGUAUCUUGCAGAUGGGUGACGUCCUCGUAUAUGUUAACAGUGAAUGCGUGUUGGGCGCAUCACAAGCUCAUGCUUGUUUAAUAUUUCAGUCAAUUGCUGUUGGUGAACUCGUAACAUUACAAAUUUGCCGUGGUUAUCCAUUACUUUUCGAUCCUACAAAUAAGAUUGUUACUGAGAAUGCAUAUGUCACACGAUCAGAUGACGUCAAAGAAAUUAUUAUCAAUAAGGGUAGUGAUGGUUUCGGAUUCACAAUUUUCGAAAGUAUCCAGGGACAACGAGUGAAAAAAAUCUUAUAUCCGGAAAGAUGUGAGAAUUUGUUGGAAGGUGAUACUCUUUUGGAGAUGCGAACCACAUAUCCCCGUGGAAAUUCGAGCUGUCCAGUGGGUGAGGAGCGUGUUACUAAUUUCCGAGGAAUGCCACAUCAUGAAUUAGUUUCUAUUCUAAGGGAUUGUCCUGUUGGAUUCUGGGCCAAACUGAUUGUAAGGCGAAAUUCACCGAAGCACAGAUCACGUACUCCGUCAGCUGCAUUUCGUUACGGUGAGCAUAGGCCUAGUCCAGCUCCAACAUUGGUACCACGGUCGAAAACUCCAGCACCACAUCCUCCACGACCUACUAAAACCUAUCCUCAUACUUCUGUACUACAACCUGCAACUAGUCAGAACCUAGCCAUCGCAAACGGUACAAUAGUAAAUGCCCAUGGGUCCGGAAACACUAUUCCAAGGCAGCAUGAACGGCGUCCAAAUGACGAUAUUUAUGAGAAUUUUUCGAAUCUUCGACCUUCAUCGACAAGUUUGGGAUUCUCGACACCUAACUACAUGCCAAUGGCGGCUUUUGCAAAAUCGAGUGUUGAAAUGGUGACAGUUAAUCUAAUCAGAAAGCCAAAUGGAUUUGGUUUUCGGGUCGUCGGUGGAACUGAAGAAGGGACAAGCAUUACAGUUGGUCAAGUGGUACCUGGAGGUGCUGCAGCAGAGGAUGGUCGCUUACAUCAAGGAGAUGAAAUUAUUGAAAUCAGUGGUAAGAAUGUUGAAGGUGAAAGUCAUGCAAUGGCUGUACAGCUAAUGCAAAAAGCAGCUGCUAGUGGACAUGUCAAAUUAGUUGUUCGUCGUCCUAAAACUGGAGAUUUAUCACGUUCAACCUCUGCUCCAGUUAAUCAGUUGAAUGCAAUGUAUACCAUGUAUGAUGUUAUACUAAAUCGAAAUCAUGGGGACAGUUUCGGUUUUGUUAUCAUAUCUUCUUUCAACAACAACGGAAGUACUAUCGGAAGGAUAGUGGAAGGUUCACCAGCAGCUCUUUGUGGACAGUUGCACAUCGGCGACCGAGUAGUAGCCGUUAAUGGUAUUGACAUUACCAAGUUACCCCAUAAUGAUAUUGUUACGCUAAUUAAAAAAUCCGGUUUAUCAGUAAGGCUGACAAUAUUGCCUUCAUCAUCAAACUGUCCCCUAGGUUCUGCAACAUCCUAUUAUUCAACUUCUCAUAUUGCACCAAUUAAUAUUUAUGGACAUUCUUCCCAUCCUUCCUGUCAAACAAAUCAGCUUGGUCCAUCACCUAAUCAAUCAUUUGAUGCUCCUCAGUACAGAUAUCCGGCUGGAAACGGUUACAUCACCAGAAUAUCGCCGAUACCUCCAGAAAUGGAACAAACACUUAUAAAUGUAGAAUUGAAUCGUGGACCGAAAGGUUUCGGUUUUUCAAUUCGAGGUGGACAGGAGUUUGACUCGAUGCCAUUGUUCGUCUUGCGAAUUGCAGAAGAUGGACCGGCAGCUUUAGAUGGUCGUUUAAAGGUUGGCGAUCAACUGAUGGAAAUUAAUGGACAGUCAACACGUAGUAUGACCCAUAGCAAUGCAAUCCAAAUCAUCAAACAAUAUCCUAAUGUUAGAUUAUUGGUUAGGAGACCAAAAGGUUUCUGA